GCGACGCGUACCGCCUACAACAUCUGCUCUCGUUUACAGACACAUGGCAUUUGCCUCGUAGAACGUUAGUCCAUGCACCAUGGGCUGUACCAGCAGCGCUCCAAAUAUGGUCACAUCACAUACAAAUACUACAGAAAAAUUGCUUCAAUUUCCUGAAGAAUCACACAAGCAAUCAAUUGUGGAUGUAGAUGUACAUACGAAUAAUGGAAUUGAAGAUAUCGAAAAUAAGGUGCUUCCUUCGUGUGAUACUUUAGAUGAAUCUAUACAAUUAGAUAGACAUAAUAAAUCAGUGAUAAACAUCUCAAACAUGGACAUAGAAAAAGAUACACAUGCAAAUGGAUUUAUAAUAAAGAAUGAAGAUAUAGUUGAUAAGGGAGGAGAUGAUGAAGAUAAAUUGUCCACUUUGCAAGAAGUCGUUGAAAAAGUUGUAGAAUUAUAUGUUACAGACAAUGCUUUUGAAAUGCAAAAUUUUCCAGAAGAGAAAAAAAUUGUAGAGGAAGAAACAAAAAUAAAUUCUAUUAAAAAAGAAGAAAGCCAUAGAAGACCUGAUGAAGAACCACUAGAUGUUCCUAAAACAGAUUCUGAUAAUGUAAUCCACGAUACAACCGAAGAAGCCAUCAGUCCUAGUCAAUCAACUAGUAGUCGUGCGACACGGUGGGAAGCAUUAGCAGAUAUUGCGGCAGAAUUGCCACCCUCUCUCACAGUUGAUCCAAUUACUGGUCAGAUUUAUGCUCUCUCUAAAUAACGUUUUCAUUAAACAUUGUUAACAUUUAUAUUUAGGUAGUUUAUUAUUAAAUUUAAUGUAAACUAUGCAAGUCUGACAAGGAGGUUUGUUUUGUUCUUUAAGUUGUUGUUGAUAACAUUUAUCGUGCUCAUAGACCUAUUAAAUUCUUUGAAGCAAAAUAUUACUAUUAGGUAAUAAUUUAAUAAGGUAUUCUAAAUUUCGCUAUCAACUAUAUCAUAUAAUCAAAAGUUAGAAGUCCUGCUUCCGUACAGAAAUGGUAAAUGAAUGUAUCGUUUUAAAUAUGUUUUUGGUAAACCUGUUGUGGUAGAACGAGAUAGUAACAUCCGGUGAUUUGUUCCUUUUUAUUCAAACGAUAAGAGAGUGAAUUGAUCAAAGGGGUUCUGUCGAUUGAUAAUUUGAUAUUAUAAGGGUGAGGCUUCUACAGGUUUUUAAGGAGAUUACUGCAAACUUAUAUUAGCUGCAAUUCUUU